AUGUCUAGUAAACUAUUCAAAUUGGAAUUAGUACUCGAAGAUUUGUCUACAAAUCUUCACGCUAACGACAUUAGAGUCCAACUCGGAUUAAAAGGCUUUCGCUCAACACAGAUAAUUGAAGUGAAAAGCAGAAAGGAGCUCCCUGUUGGCGGUGAAUGUCUAUUAUUGUUGAGUGAAGAACAGCUGAUCAAGCUUCUUUUUGAAGAAAAUAUCGAACUUUGUCUCACUACACCGACAAAUGUUUAUGCAGCGGCUUUUAAGUGGCCGGAUUUGAACUCUUCCGCAUUCCGUGGCUCUUGUCUUCUCUUUCAACAAAACGACAGUGAAAAGAUCCUACCAAUCACCGUCGUUUUGAGAUUUUCUCCGAUUGAUCCUCUAAAUGCCAAGGAGAAACCAUCAGAAAAGAUCAGUGCUGAAGUCGAAAAGUCGAAAAAUGUUGGCACUCAAAGCUCAAUUGAGAAUUGGGAAAAGGAAAACGAUAUAAAGCCAAAAGUACAAGACGCGUCGACUCAGAAUUCGAAUCGACAAACGAGUAUUGGAAUCGAGACCACAGAGCCUGUCAUACUGUUGAAUACAGCAAAAGAAGUGAUCGAGAAAGCGGUCACCGAAAGACUUCGACAUGAAACGUCGAAACUCGAGAAUCCGCAAGUGGUCGAAAAAGUGCCACCAGAGUCGGUUAAAUUGCCCAAAGCAAGGAUGACUACGCCCAAUGUUUACCCACGGAUCUCUCUACUACGCAAUUUGGAUUCGAUGAUCGAACAGAGGAGAGCGGUGAUCGCUCAUUUGGAGGCUCGAAAGUACUCGAAAAGUUCGAUCGUACCGAAUCCAAAGGACAUGAGAGCUCAAAAAGAAAACUCUCAAACAAUUCCUGCUUUCAAAUCGAAAUUGGAACUUACUAGGGAGAAUUUCAAACGAAUAUUGGCGGAAAAGAAACAAAUUCUGGCCCCUACUCAAAAGAAGAGUGCCAACAACCGCAUAUCCCCCAAAACUGGACCCAUAAUCGAACAGCCAUUUCAAGAAGAAAAGACAAAUGAUGCGGAUGAAAGUUCAAAUGAGAGUACGGUUGAUGAUUCUCAAAGCUCUGACUCGGGUGGUAGCAGAAACAGCGGAAGUGAGCUCCCAUCACAUUCAAGUUCAACCUCAAAUUCCUCAACAACAUCGAAAGAGUCGAUUAUUAGUUUACAAAGUAAAAACUCGUUAGCUAAGAGAAACACCGGUGGUGAGGAAAGAAAAACGACUGAUGUCGUACCUGCACCCAGUAAAAGAUCUCCUGAGCCUGUACUAUCUCCAACUUCUCGAUAUUUACGAGAUUUGCGCGCAAAGGUGAUUCACGAUCGUCAAGAGAAGCAAACUGAAAAAUCAACAACA